CUGAGUUGACUAGAUUCCCUGAUUCGAUCUGAAACUGUUUUAUCUCAAUGACAAUUCAAUCAUUAGCUCAACCGUGCACCGCAAAUGAUGUUCACUCCACAAGAUGUAAUAUUGGUCAGUCCGAGCAUCUUCCAAAAUUCCAUCCCCUUGGAAGGCAUGCAUGGGACAGAGCUGUUGCUUUGCAGCUCGCUGCAUUAUUUCGGAGCUUCAGAAACUCCAGUGAGCAACCAUCGACAAGGUUGCAGUGCCUAAUAAUACGGGGUCAGACUGAGUCAUUCUUGCGGCUCGUCGGAAUCAAACAGGCUCGCAUCGUGGACCGCUCUGAUUCAUGCUGGACUUGCAGAUAUCAGCCGGACAGCUUCUUGAGGCUUCUUGUGGACUCCCGGAAACAGUGUGCCAAUCUUGGUCUAAACGCAGAAUUCGGCGGCUCUGACCUGCCCGUCACGGUAACCAGGUUCGACUGGCCAAUGGAUAGGAUUAUGGCGGCAGGCGACCUUUGCUUUGUCCCCAGAAGCAGUCACCAGUCGUAUCGGGGCGCGCGGGAAUCUUCUCUGGGGCUGUAUCUUUGCUUUGGGUUCAUUAUACCGAAAACACUCCUGCACAACAUGUGCAGGACAUCUGCAUCCACAACGGAUUUUCCGUGGCGUCGGAUGUGUGCGGACCGUCGAACCGGCCUGGGCUUGGCAUACCUCGGAGGUGCUUUCAACGGGCUGCACGGACUCGGAAAAUUUGAUGAGGAGGCUGAGAGCAAAACGGGACAUCAGCGCUCCUAGAGCAGGCAUCUUGCUGUCUCGAGGACCAGACCACACCCACAAGCCAUCAUCAGUCACGAGAGAAGGCAACGAAAGGAUCAGACUGGGCACAAUCCAAACAUAUCGAGCAGCAAGGGCUUGUACGAUUUAAGCUGGCUAUGAUCGCACGAGACGUUUCUAUGCCACACACAGCCCCAGCUCUCUUAAUCGACGCCAUCAGCUUCGACAUCUCGCGCUGGAGCUGCUCCGAUUCCUUGGCUUCUCGCGUCCUCAGAUCGAUCUGCACCUGGUUGCAUGUCAGGGUCCGCUGCAUUUCAUUAAACUCCGUGUUCAGCCCCCAAGAACGAUGGGGAACCAGUCACCUAGCAGGACAGCCAAGAUGGGGCAGUCAAGAUGGGGUCGACGCAAAGGAGAGGGCCGUGGGUCCGCCACGGUUGUCGCUUUAUUGGAGCAGUCGCGCGCAAAUUCGAGCAGCUGCUUUUGAGUGAUUCCGGGUCAGGUUCACAGCAACCAACCACUCUUAGGUGCCGUUCACCGCGUGAUUGUUUCUAGAACAUCUAGAUGUGUGUGUGUGUUGUCUUGUACUACUCCUGGUGGCGCUUCGUCAGCUCGAGCUUGCGAAGAAGUCAAGCGGCUAGAGGCUCUACGAGACGGGGAAGGUCGACGAGAGUCGACCCUGAGUGCAUCUCCUCGCAGCGUCUGAGGAGUCUAGAGAGCGGAAGAUAAGAUUGGGCCUGUGCAAAAGGCUGUUUAUCGCCUACUGCCACGUUAGACUCAAAGACAGGGGAAAGCGACAUAACACAAUGCACCCGUUCGAUCUUGACCGAAAAUAGGCCUGCACUGCACCAGUAGCUCGGCCACCACCGCAGUCUGGGGCCGUAUUGCCAAUAUCGGAGCUGGGAUGGAAGCGAGAGGGUCGAGGAAUAUAUCCGCGGCAGAAGGCAUGUGCUCCCGUUUGUGGCGACGGACCAAAGGCGGCGCUAAGCACAUGUCAAUUGCCGACCAAGUGCUCGCCACACAGACCUCUCUCCUGUCCCAGCCGUUUUGGGAGGCACUGUUCCCGAGAUUUCUUCGAUGUCGAUUGGAUGGCUGGUGGCGGAGACGGGAUUGAAAUCAGCGUUACCGAGAAUGACACUUGAUCUUUGGUUUGACGUGAAGGAAUGAAGGAGAAGGGCGGUGGUACUGUGCUUAGAGCAUGCCACAGCGUGUUAUCUUGUCUCCCGCUUGCUGUAUUCAGACUUCCCCACCAGGCAUUAAUAUCCCACUCGAUUGUCUGUUGCACUGAGAAACAUUCUUCGCCGGAGGAUACUCCAUGAGAGCCGGAUUCAAUUGCAGCAUCGGAGUAACGACGUUUUAGCCGUGGCUUUUUCGGCCAAUGCUCGGCCUGCGUUGUGGUUCUGGGCAGGAGACAAUUCCCGAUGGAGUUAUCUGCCUCCUUCCGAAUCCACGUGCGCUUACCCGAUCGGUCUCCCGUUCGCAUUGCUCACCUGUCCAGUGCUCCAGUCUCGCCCAGUGGAUGGCCCCAGCGCCCGCGCUCCUUCACCACUCGUCGCCGUUGUCGUUUUGCAUAAUUUCCUCUGAUACGGCGCUGUAAUGGCAGCAAAGCAGACUUCCCCAGUGCCACCUGCACGACCCGGCUUGUCGUCGUCCGACCACCUACUGUCGUCGACCAUCCCGCUACCAGCCGACGCCCACAUCACAUGCUACGUGUACGCCCCAGUCGCGGGUCCUAGCACGCCCUCGCGGGCGUACACCGACAUUUUGGAGCUCGCACGCAGGGACAUCCUAAAUCAGAAUCAUGCACCGCAGAACCACUUUUCGAAUAUCUCCCCCUCCUCCACCUCUUUGACCGAUUCGAUUCUGACGAGCGUGUAUAUACACGGGAGCGACUCGUGCCUGUAUGCGUUUACCAUCGACUGCCGCGGAGCGACCAGCGCGCUUGCGCGUCUGCAAUUAGAGGGACUGAGCGUGACGUCGCAGUGCACCUUUUCGCCUGCAGAGAUGUAUCUAUGGUGCCCCGAAUGCGCGGGGCUGCCUGGACCGUGCUCAAGCUGUCUGAACUCCCCCCAACCGCCCCACCAGCAUCUCGUGCGACCGCCUAUCCGCGCUGCCGUCAGCCAUUUCCUGGAAGCUGUGCGGAUACGGCUGAUCGACGAUAUGUCCGUUGCCUCGACGUGCAGCACCAAGGGCCGCUCGGCCAGACCUAUCAAACGUCUAAAAGGCGGAUUCGUACUCAGCCCGCCUCCGAGCUCGUCCGAAUGGAGCAAAGGCUGGGAUACCAAAGCUUGUUCUCGGCCACUUAUAUCCUGCCACCUUCAGAUCCACCUGUCCAUCUCAUCGCCGCGGGGACCAGCCCAGAUUGUGAUCCACCCCCAAAUGCAUGUGACGCCGUUCGUGGCAUUGCCGAUGUCGCCAAGCCGUGGGCCAGGGAGGCCCGCUGAGGGUGCCCCGAUCACGCUCCUCCCGCUGGGAAUCCCUGCUUUCUACCUGGCGGCUUACUCCGGGCCGACGUCGGCGUUGCGCCGGCAAUUCCGGGACUCGCUAGCAGGUCUGGGCGUGUCGGGAUGGGAGACCGGAGAUGAUUCUGUCAGUCAAACGACGUUCAUCAUUGCGUGGAUCAACGUGGAAAACAAGCAGGGCGAGGAGAAAGGCAUCACGGUGAUCUACCCGUCGAGUCUCUGUCUGCUGUUUGUGCCAUCGCUCACGUCGUCGUCCUCGUUCCCCGCGGCGAGAAGAGAAUCUCUGGCGUACAUUCCAGAGUUGCCGCCCCAACUGCAGCCGUCGCCCCAAUUAACCGCGGCGAUUCCCGGGAGCCACAUGCUCCAGACGUCUGCCGUGGCAUCGCACCUGAGGGGCCACUUGCGAUCCUGCUCAGGGACGCCCUCGCCCCACGCCCUGAGAGCCUACCGAGGACUCACGGUGUCACGUGCACGACAAGUCCGGCACGUGGCAGGAGAGGUGAAUGUUUUCGUGGAUGCUGUGGCCAAGGAAAGGGAACGGGAAAGAGAGCGGAUGCGCCGGGAGCGGGAGUCCUCUCGCUCGUCUGUUCCCACGGUGGCUGCUGCUGCUUUGGUCGUACAGCCAGCUCAGGUGCAGGCGCAAGUUCAAGCUCCACCGCAACCGCAACCACAAUUGCCCGUGCAAACCCAGGCGCAGACGUUCUAUCCAUCUCCACCACAAGUCGACCAUCCGGUGCCCCCCGUCGAGGAAGGUCGGUCUUCACCUGUGGCAGUUGCUACCCCUGCGGCGUCUGUGGCAUUGCAGGCCACUCAGCCAGAUCAGCGCGCCUUCGACCCUUUGUUCGACUCGAUGGACUAUGACAACAUCAUGGGAGACUUUGGCGGUAUCAUGGAAAUGGGGAUGUUCGGCCACGCAGCAAGCAGCAGCAACAACAAUAAUAACCACAACAACAGCAAUAGUAAUGCAGCCCCACAAGCAGUUCCGGUGGCAAUGGAUUUCGACACGGAUUUUACGGACGACGACUUUAGUUUCUUCGACCGGCCACAGACGACUCUGCCUGUAGUCAGCGGAUCCAUGGGCCUCCCGGUGUCCAUGUCCUCCAGCGACGCGCAUCUCCGGGCGCCUGGGAUGAUGGGGAUGCUCGGGAUGGGACUCGGUGGGACGAUGCCGAUGCCGAUGUCGAUAUCGCCGCCUGUAUUCGGGCUCGGUACCGGACUCGGAGUCGGACUCGGGGAAAGUCCCGGCGAUUGGGCCGCGACGGCCAAUGCGUUCACUCCCGGUGGCGCAUCGGAGCUGAACCAUCUCAUGGCGUCGCUCCCGGAUCUGAUGCCGCCCUCACCCGGGGAGACGCCGCAGACCACGGGCUCGAGCUCUGCGCCGUCGACGCCGAGUGUGCAGCUGGUCGCAGAGGAGCUCGGGGGUGUGCGGCUGUUUGACCCGAUUCCGUUUGCGGAGAGCCACCGGCUCGCGGACGGCAAAUACGCUGUAGGCAAGUUUGCGCUGCCGAGCCCGCCGCCGGAGGAAGACGACGAUUUCGAGAUCGAGCAGCACCGCGGCUGGCAGUUCAAGUAUGCGUCUGCGACGGAUCCGAGGAUUGGCGUCGUGCGUAAACUCAUCGGUGUCAAGCGCAAGACGUCGACGUCCACCGACAAACGACCCAAGUUCAAGGCGUCUCCCGCGUGGGCCCGCGAACACGAAGAUUGGGAGCAGCAACCCGCGAUCCCAUCCGAUACCGAAUCGGAGCCCGAAUCGGAGGAUGGGGACGGGGACCUCGACGAAGACAGCAACCCAAUGAUGUCGCGUCCCUCCACUCCUACGCCGAGCUAUCUGCCUCUGGGGCCGACGCUAUUGCACACGCAUUUCCAGCAUUCGCAGCUUCUGCCACUCAGCAACGCGCUCCGGCCGCCGGGAUCCGCCGUCGCCGCCACCCCGAUCUACCACAACCCGGCCUCGGCCUCGGUGCCCACGCCGGUCUCGCCCGCGGCGCUGCUCGGUGCUGCGUCCGAGAAAUCCAAGUCCCUCGAAGCGGCGGCGCUUUCCGUCGGCACGGAGGUCGUCGAGAACGCGCUGUGGGCGGAGUCGUGGCGGCCCGGGAUGGCCGGGUACCUCUCGCGCGAUGCGGUGUGGCCCGCAGACGUCCGGCGCGUCGCGGAGCUGCUCAGCGGCGUGCGCGAGGUCGAGGGCCCGCUCGAUCUCGGUGCGCUGUUUGAUGUGGACCACGUUGAUCGUGUCGAGUCCCCGCUCAUCUCCGUCGGCAAGGGCGAGUCGGCGGUCAUACAGGUGCUGCCCACCGCGCUGCGGUUCUGGGAUAAGCUCGGUCUGUCGCCGAGAGGAGGGCGCAAGAACGCGGUUGUGUUUGUGUUGUUUGAGGACGACGGCAGCACGAGAGCCGAUCUGGCCUCAGCUUGGUUGCACAAGCUGUUGUUCUUAUACGAGACUUGUCAGCUGGGUACUCUGACACCCGGAAGCCAUCCGCUGUGCUCGCGAGACGGCUUUUUUCCGAUUCGGUUUGACAGCACGUUUCGCAAGAGUCUGGCGGCUUUCAUCGCGGCUAUGCCUACACUGUCGGACGUGGUAUUCUACGUGUUUACACCGAUGAGCACGAUGACUCUCUCCUCCCCGCUCCUGCGGCAAAUCCUCUCGUCCGUCAAAAAGGCGCUGCAAGCACGAGAGGGACUACAGACGCGCUUCCAGUUCGUUCCCGAAGCGGCGCUAGCGUUUACCAGCGCGGCGAACCCGGCUGCGCAGGUGGCUGAUCUGGAGGCGGUCGCGUACUCGACGUACGACAAGAUCCUCCGCCCUGUCGAGCGCCCGAUCGCACAGCGGGCGGACCAGGACGCGGUGCCCGCUGUACGGCGGUACUUCUGUGACCCGGUGUACACGCUGGCCCGGCGCGGGCCGGCGACGGUCAAGUUCGCGUGGCACAGCGCGCGGGCGCCGCUGGACGUGGUCGACGCGGGGACGCAGCUGCAUGUCGGAUACGGAUUCAGCGAGUGCGGCAAGUGGGUGCUGGCGGCGUGCGUCGAUCAGCGCGGGGAGGCGUACCAGCUCGGCGUGUGGCUGGCGGUCCCGGUGAACGACGGCGAGAGCUUGACGCGGGAGGAGCAUGCUGUGAAGAAGGUCUGGGGCUUGGCCUGUCAAUUUGCGAAACAGGCGAGCCUGGCAUGGAGGAUCGUGGUCGCGAGGCUGGGGUCGAUGCAGGUGGCCGAGCUGGAAGCCUGGUCGUCGUUGGCCGAUGCGCACCUGACGCUAUUGUCCGUCGAACCGGAUGCCGCCUGGUCGUUCCUCCCCACGGCCAGCACGAAACCGCAACCGCCACAGACGCCGCCGUCGGUGACAGGCAAACCGCAGCAACAGUGCCAGCAGCGGCUCGCGCCGGACGCGUGCGCGCACCCGAUGCCGGUGCAGCCGCUGGCGAGCGCCGUGCUCGUGCGCGUUCCCGCCCCGUCGAUCGCGUCGACACCGAGCAUGAUGCGCGUCGACUGGCUGCUGGCGCGCGGGCCCCCUCCCGCGGCCGCGGACAUGGCCGAGAUCACGCGCUCGUUCCACGACUUGUCCGUGCUCGGCAGUCUGCGCUGGCGCCUGCCGCGCUCCGGUGCUGACCCGAUCCUGCCGUUCCAGCUGGGCGCGGUCGAUGUGAUGGCCAAGGCGUUAGGGUGUGAGGCAUAG